GCAGUAAGUCUGACAGUCUGCGGAAUAUUUGCUGUCAUCAUUCCUGGUGCUUUGUUUCUCUCAAAGCACUUCAGAUGUUUUACUCUGAUUGUCCUCAUCUCCUGUGGAACACAACAAGGACGGAACGCUCUGAUCACAGCUGGCACUGGUGUGGUGCUCUUCAAUUGUGCCCAAAACAGCUUUCAUAAUUUAAAAGGAUUGGUAGAAAGCUUAGAAUGCAAUCUGGAAAACAUGCUGCCAUCUGUUAAGAAUCUUCUGGAAAAGUACAUUAAAAUUCUAGAGUGGAUUCGUGAACAGAUCCAAAAAUUACCACAAAGUCCAUUGGUCAAAUUUCCAAUUCAUUUUGAGAUAAAAUGCAGUUUAAGAGAUGAUAAGCUAAAACAAAAUCUUAAUGAGACUAAAGUUAACCUGGAGAACCUUGCUAAUCACAUGAUUUCAACAUUGGACAUGGUUUCCCAACUUUGUAAAGGAGUAGUGAUCAUAGUAGGCAUCUUACUGGUCCUAAUAUUCACUGGUUUAUAUAUCAAGCGAUAUUUGUCCAACAUCAAGUUUGAAAACAUAUAUAUCACAAAACAGUUCCUGAAUUUUGAUGAGCAGCAGAAAGAACAAGGGAAGCCUCACCUGCUCCAACUUACCAGAAAAGAGAGGAAAUCCUUCAUAAAGAUCCCAGCAUUCUCUUUCUCAGAAAGGGAAAGGAAAACCUUGGCAAAUUUCUGUGUUCCCAUCCUCAUCAAAGUGUGCAUUUGGGCAACAGUCAUCAUGCUGGAUUACGGGCUAUUCUUGCUUAUUUCUUCAAUAAGAUAUCACCUGGAUCAUCUGCCUCCAAUCAACAUUACCAUGGACUUCCAAUUUAUUGAAGAAAUCAAGAUUAUUGACAUUCCAAUAAGUAGGCAUGAAUCCGGAGGAAAAUUCUCGUAUGAAACUCAUUUGUCCAAAGUCGACUGCAUCCCUCAACCAACUCUGACGAUAAGCAAGAUAUGGCCCCCACUUGUUGCAAUAAUUGCUGUCUUACUUGUACUCACUUUAUUCUCUGCAAAAUUUACAAUAUUGAAAGUAUUGGUUUUGUCAUCAUUUUACAAUGAGACAGAAAAGAGACGAAUAGAGUUUCUCCAUGAAAAAAUACUACGGAAAAGAGCCUUGGUCAAAUUAAUGAAAACAAAUGAACCUCAAAACUUCACAGAUGAUAAGGUCUCAUUUUGGUUUCCAAUCUUCAGAAUGAAGCAAAGAAAGGAUGGCUUGCCAUAGAGAAGAGAAUUUCAACACCAGAAUCCUCAUAAGUUAUAUGUUGAGCUUUGA